ACAAACCCCUCCUUGCCUCUUGCACCAGCCUGUUUAGUCUUCCUCUGCUGCUCACACAAUCAAGCUUCUCUCUCCUCUCCAGUCGCGUCUCUCCAGGAUACAUACAAAAAAAGUCAAUUUAAAGCUCAAACUACUAAAAACUCACCCUCACUUAAAACUAAGUACCGUAUCUGCCCGGUUGAUGUGUGAAGUGUGCCCGUGGAUGAAGCUCUCUGAGCGGCGCCAAAACGUGCCUGUAAGAAGAAGAGGUGAAGCCAUGGUGAAGUCACUGGAGGCACAUGGGGAUUGAAAUAUCUCUAAAUUCUGGCCGGAAAAACAAGGAGGACCGGGUGGAUAAAACAAAAAAAGUGGAGUAACAGGAGGUGUAUGCUGCCUCUCGCUGUAGUUUCCCUGCCACUACCAUGAGUUGGAGUUUCCUGACUCGGCUGCUGGAAGAAAUCCACAACCAUUCUACAUUCGUGGGCAAGAUCUGGCUCACUGUCCUCAUUGUUUUCCGCAUCGUGCUGACGGCCGUGGGAGGGGAGUCCAUCUACUACGAUGAGCAGAGCAAGUUUGUCUGCAACUCGGGCCAGCCGGGCUGCGAGAAUGUCUGCUACGACGCCUUCGCUCCGCUCUCGCACGUCCGCUUCUGGGUUUUCCAAAUCAUUCUGGUGGCCACACCUUCACUCAUGUACCUGGGCUACGCUGUCAACAAAAUUGCCCGGACAGAGGAGCAGACAGGCGGCGGGGGAGUGAGUGGAUUUUCGCAGAAGAAACCCAAGAAGCCCUAUCUUGCGGGCAGAAAGCAGAAUAGGGGCAUUGAAGAGGCCGAGGAUGACCAGGAGGAAGACCCGAUGAUCUAUGAAAUGGCAGAGGUGGAGAGUGACGGUGGUGGAGCGUCGAAAGAAAAAAACAGUGGUGAUCGACAAACUAAGCUCAAGGUGCGCCAUGACGGGCGCCAGCGUAUCAAAGAGGAUGGACUGAUGCGUAUUUAUGUCCUUCAGCUCCUGACGCGAUCCUUGCUGGAGGUGGCUUUCUUGUGUGGACAGUACGCCCUGUAUGGAUUCGCCGUGCCUCCCACCUACGUGUGCUCAGACCUGCCAUGCCCUCACAGCGUGGACUGCUUUGUGUCACGGCCCACUGAGAAAACCAUCUUCCUCCUCAUCAUGUACACAGUCUCCCUGCUCUGUCUGGCGCUCAAUAUAUGGGAGAUGCUUCACCUGGGCUUGGGCACCAUCUGUGAGAUCGUACGCUCCCGCCGGGUGCGGUUUCCCGACGAUGAGCUGUACGGGCUGACGCGUGCACAAGGAGCUCUUCAUGAGGCGGGGUUGAACGGAGAGGAUUACAGCAGCUCUGCGUUUUCUUGGAACGCACCAUCAGCUCCACCUGGGUACAACGUCGCCAUCAAGCCUCUUCUGGUAUCUACGGGGCACCACGACCAGCCACUACCCAUCACUGAUCUCACUAAUGCCAAGCUGGCGUGCCGGCAGAACCACGUGAACAUUGUCCAGGAGGAGCGUCAACAGUACACCAAUAAUGAUGAAAACCAGUGCAGAGCAGGGAUGAGAGAUGCCCUCAGGGGUGUUGACAAGGACAUCCUUCAGCCUCAGAACAAGCUGGAGGCUGACAGUCCGGCCUACAGCCAGCAACAGGGCCACAGUAAUAACCACAGCAAGCCUCACCGUGAGCGUAAACACCGGCAGGCCUCCAAACACGCCUCAAGCAAGGCAGACACGGACAGAGGCAGCAGCACCAGUAGUAGCAGCAAAUAUGGAGUCAUAAAGGGUUCUGAGUGGAUCUGAAAUACAAACUGUGACUUUUGUUAUUUUUAAACAAUGCAAAGCCUUCUCAGACCGACACAGUAUUCGCAUUUGUGUGUCCAAACUGUGUAUAAAAAAAUGGACACGGCACCCAAUUUACAUUCUUUUCAGUAGCAUUCAUACCAUUAAAAUAGUUAGGUGAUUAUAAGGGCUUAUUAGUGUCAGGAUCUAUCUUGUACAAGUCCACUGAUAGCUCUGUCCUUGACAGCCCCAGGGCAUUAGCAUUCAGGUUUCAGCAGCCUUGAAACGCAACAGUACAAGAGAGAUUCUGCUUCUAAUGUGUAAACGGAAACUUGUAUGAAAACUAUUGAAGACAAUGUAAAGGAGAUGGGAAAUUAUGUAAUCCUUUAAGUCUGUGACAAAGCUGGAUAAAUAUGUGUUGCCGCCGUAUACAUCAUACAAUUAAAGUAGUAAAAGUAUGAAAAUAACUUUGUAUAUUUUGUUAAAUAGCUUUUGCAGGAAGAUGUUGGUGCUGUCUUUGAUUCCCUCCAUGCUGUAACCUAAAGGUGCCUUAAACAGCCAAAGUGCUGCUUCCUAUUGACUCUGCAUCACUUUGUCACAAAACGUCCUCAUCACUAUGGACCGAAAACGGAAGCUGAGUCCUACCUACUGUCUACGUGACUAGUUUCAUUACCAUCCAUGGGUUAAGCUUUGAACAAUAUUGUUGUUUCUGAGUAUGCAUAAUUGUAUUGAUAUUUUCACCAAACCAGGUUUGAUGUGGGUCCAUUGAUUUCCCCAGCCAUAUGUGGGUUUUUUUGGAGAGAGAAAAGAAGUUCAAUGGAAGUGUUUGGCAAAGUUUAAUGACCUAACCGUGUUGUUAAAACUGUUGUCAGUGUCUUAUUGUUAAGCUGUUACACUUUUUGACAUUUUUUUUGUUUGUUUGAAGUUAAUGCUAUGAAGGUUUUCUGCACCAUUAGUACACUAGUUUGUGUAAUUUACAUGACAAAACAUAACCAGUGCAUCUGGCCUGUUGUGUGUUUUUUUCCAGGCCUGGUAUAAAGAGUUCCUUGUCAUUAAUACAACUUUUAUUUGCAGAUUUUCAAAUUGAAAUGUCAUUAAGGCUAGUCCUUUGCACUGUGCCAGUGUUUUUGUGAGAAAAAAAGGUAUUUUUAUGAACAAAAAAGUGCAUGUUUUGAUUAAAGAAUUGAUAUUUGUCU